AUGGGGGCGCACCUGGUCCGGCGCUACCUGGGCGAUGCCUCGGUGGAGCCCGACCCCCUGCAGAUGCCAACCUUCCCGCCAGACUACGGCUUCCCCGAACGCAAGGAGCGCGAGAUGGUGGCCACACAGCAGGAGAUGAUGGACGCACAGCUGAGGCUCCAGCUGCGGGACUACUGCGCCCACUACCUCAUCCGGCUGCUCAAGUGCAAGCGUGACAGCUUCCCCAACUUCCUGGCCUGCAAGCAGGAGCGGCACGACUGGGACUACUGCGAGCACCGCGACUAUGUGAUGCGCAUGAAGGAGUUUGAGCGGGAGCGGAGGCUGCUCCAGCGGAAGAAGCGGCGGGAGAAGAAGGCGGCAGAGUUGGCCAAAGGCCAGGGACCCGGGGAAGUGGACCCCAAGGUGGCCCUGUAG